UGAUGGUUUCUGCAUGUCAAGGUGAAGAAUUCGGGUUCUAUGGAAGCGGGGAAGCCAGUUUUCUCUGUAGAUCUCUUGGAGAGGUAUGCAGCCAAGGGGCGUGGAGUGAUUACAUGUAUGGCUGCUGGAAAUGAUGUUAUUGUACUAGGAACCAGUAAGGGAUGGGUGAUCAAAUAUGAUUUUGGAGUUGGAGGUUCUUCUGAUAUUGACCUAUCUGUGGGCCGCGGGGGGGAGCAAUCUAUCCAUAGAGUUUUUGUGGAUCCAGGAGGUAGUCAUUGCAUUGCAACUGUUGUUGGCAAUGGAGGACCUGAAACAUUUUAUACACAUGCAAAAUGGACUAAGCCACGCGCUCUGAGCAAACUGAAAGGUCUUACAGUUAAUGCUGUUGCUUGGAAUAAACAACAGAUAACAGAAGCUUCUACAAGAGAAGUGAUUCUUGGUACUGACAAUGGACAGCUUCACGAAAUUUGUGUGGAUGAGAAGGAUAAGAAGGAGAAGUACAUGAAAUUUUUAUUUGAGCUCAAUGAACUUCCAGAAAGUUUCAUGGACUUGCAGAUGGAAACAGCCAGUGUAAGCAAUGGAACUAGAUAUUAUGUGAUGGCAGUUACUACUACCCGCCUUUAUUCGUUCACUGGCAUUGGAUCACUUGAGACCGUUUUUAUGACCUAUGCUGAUCGUCAUGUGCGUUUUAUGGAACUUCCGGGUGAAAUUCCCAACAGUGAAUUGCAUUUCUUUAUCAGGCAAAGAAGGGCUGUACAUUUUGCAUGGCUAUCAGGAGCUGGAAUAUAUCAUGGAGGCCUUAAUUUUGGUGCUUCACAUAGCUCCCCAAAUGGUGAUGAGAACUUUGUUGAGAGCAAGGCUCUCUUGGGCUACUCAAAAUUAUCUGAGGGUACAGACACUGUUAGACCUAAUUCUCUGGCAUUAUCGGAGUUUCAUUUUCUUCUUCUCUUGGGGUGCAAGGUUAAGGUUGUAAAUAGAAUAAGUGAACAUAUUAUAGAGGAGCUUCAGUUUGAUCAAACAUCAGAAUCACUUUCAAAGGGUAUCAUUGGUCUAUGCAGCGAUGCUUCUGCUGGAUUGUUCUAUGCUUAUGACCAGAACUCCAUUUUCCAGGUGUCUGUAAAUGAUGAAGGUCGACAUAUGUGGAAAGUGUACCUUGAUUUGAAGGACUAUGCAUCAGCUUUGGCAAAUUGUCGUGAUCCAUUACAGAGAGACCAAGUUUAUCUUGCCCAGGCUGAAGCUGCAUUUUUAGCCAAAGAUUUUUUAAGAGCAGCAUCUUUCUAUGCGAAGAUUAACUACGUAUUGUCAUUUGAAGAAAUCACCUUGAAGUUCAUUAGUGUGAAUGAACAGGAUGCUUUAAAAACGUUCUUGUUGAGGAAGCUUGAUAAUCUUACAAAGGACGACAAAUGCCAAAUAACUAUGAUUUCCACAUGGGCAACGGAGCUGUAUCUGGAUAAGAUCAAUAGACUACUCCUGGAAGAUGAAACUGCUGCUGAAGAUCGUAACUCAGAGUUGCAUUUGAUCAUACGUGAGUUUCGUGCUUUUCUCAGUGACUCCAAAGAUGUAUUGGAUGAGGCAACAACAAUGAAGCUCUUAGAAAGUUAUGGGAGAAUGGAUGAGCUGGUAUUUUUUGCCAGUUUGACGGAACAGUAUGAGAUAGUUGUUCAUAAUUAUAUCCAGCAAGGAGAGGCAAGGAAGGCAUUGGAAGUGCUUCGAAAACCUUCUGUGCAAAUAGAUCUCCAGUACAAAUUUGCCCCUGACCUCAUUAUGCUUGAUGCCUAUGAAACUGUGGAGUCAUGGAUGACAACAAAAGACUUGAAUCCAAGGAAGCUAAUACCUGCAAUGAUGCGUUAUUCAAGUGAACCUCAUGCAAAGAAUGAAACACAUGAAGUAAUCAAGUACUUGGAGUUUUGUGUUCAUCGCUUGCAGAAUGAGGAUCCUGGCAUCCACAACUUGCUGCUUUCUUUGUAUGCCAAGCAGGAGAAUGAUGGUGCCCUCCUGCGUUUCCUGCAAUACAAGUUUGGUAAAGGGCGAACAGAUGGGCCUGACUUCUUCUAUGAACCCAAGUAUGCUCUGCGUCUAUGUCUUAAAGAGAAGAGGAUGAGAGCCUGUGUUCACAUAUACAGCAUGAUGUCCAUGCAUGAAGAGGCUGUUGCUCUAGCUCUACAGAUUGAUGCAGAGCUUGCAAAGGCUGAAGCUGACAAGGUUGAAGAUGAUGAAGACUUGAGGAAGAAUCUCUGGUUAAUGGUGGCCAAACACGUUGUUGAACAAGAAAAAGGAACUAAGAGGGAAAACAUCAGACAAGCAAUAGCAUUUCUGAAGGAAACAGAUGGCUUAUUGAAGAUCGAAGAUAUUCUGCCAUUCUUUCCAGAUUUUGCAUUAAUUGAUGACUUUAAGGAGGCAAUUUGCACAUCAUUGGAGGACUACAACAAGCAAAUCGAACAGCUAAAACAGGAGAUGAAUGAUGCCACACAUGGUGCUGACAACAUUAGGAAUGACAUUAACGCGCUCGCUCAGAGAUAUGCUGUCAUUGAUCCCGAAGAGGAAUGCGGGGUUUGUGGGAAGAAAAUCAUAAGUGCGGGCUGGGAUCAGCGAUUAGCUAGAGGUGGUUAUUCAUCUGUAGUAGGUCAUAUGGCACCUUUCUAUAUAUUUCCAUGCGGACAUGCAUUUCACGCACAAUGCCUGAUUACCCAUGUGACAAGUCGUACAAACCGAGCUCAAGCAGAAUAUUUUCUGGACCUUCAGAAACAACUUACCUUACUAGGAGUUGAUUCAAAAGAAUCAAAUGGUGGCUUAAGAAGAAACAACGAACUGAUUAUAACUAGCUUAUCGCCGGUGGACAAGAUAAGGUCACAAUUAGAUGAUGCUAUAGCUAGUGAAUGUCCCUUUUGUGGUGAUUUGAUGAUUCGUGAGAUAUCUUUACCAUUAAUUCUGUUUGAGGAGGCCAACGAGGCCACAACCUGGGAGAUAAAACCACACAAUGUUGGACCUCUGAGAAGCCUUUCUUUAACUGCUGCAUAAGGGAGGGAGGAAUGAAGCUUAACUAUAACAAUAAGGCUAGGUAAAUAUUUGAGAAUUUGAGGAGCUGUAUUCUGUUACAUGAUUUAAUUUGGUUGCAUCUUUCUUUUGAUAAAGACCUUGAAAUAAUUUAACACAAUGAGAUAAAUUAUGUGUCUAAGCCCCAAAGUAGAGUUAGAGAAUUCACAUAAGAAUGAUAUAUAUAAGUCAAAACCAUUAUAACCAUGUAAUAUGAUAUAAAUG